CUUUGGCUUUUGCCGCCCUCUCACUCAAUGCUCAACAACACUCCAACAGUCUUUAACAGUUAACACUCACAGAGCUUUCGGUCACCACCAUUCACUAGUGGCACGAUUUCCGAUGCAAAAUUCACAGAUUCAGCAGUCACCUCCACGAAAGGCUGUACACGUGUUCCUUAUCAAAAACUUAAGCAAAGGCCACAAUAAGAUCCCAUUUUCGUGUUACAUUUAAACUCCUUGCUACCAAUUUCAAUUUUGAGCAAAACCCACAAAACUUAAACUCAAUUUUUCCCUCUACCCAGAAAAAAAAUAAUGUUAGAAAGUGCUCCAUCUUUUACCAUUUACGCAAACAAAAAAGAGGGUGAUGUUGAAGAUGAGGAAAAAGAGGAGAGAGAAAAUGUUGAUAAGAUUUAUGGAGAAAUUAUGGGUAGUGGUGAAUUUAGUUUUGCAAAACCAGAUUUGGAUUUGAUAAAUGAAGAAGGAGAUAAUGAUGUAUUGAGUGAAAGUGUUGUUGGGUUUGAGAAAUUGGGUACUGACGAACAAGAAGUGAGGCCAGGUAGUCCACUUAUGUACCUUGCUACUGGGUUAGGGAUUAAGGAGGAGAGAGAAUAUAAUGAGGAUUAUUAUAGAGAAUUGCUUCAAGAAUAUCCUAAUCACCCAUUAAUCUUGAAAAAGUAUGCUCAGUUGCUACAGAACAAAGGAGACCUUGAAGGAGCAGAAGAGUAUUAUUUUCGUGCCACAAAAGCUGAUCCUGGUGACGGAGAAACUCUGUCACAAUAUGCUAUACUGGUGUGGGAGCUCCAUCGUGACCAGGAAAGAGCCCUGAAAUACUUUGAGCUUUCUGCUCAAACUGCUUCUAAGGAUAGUAAUGUGCUGGCAGCCUAUGCUAAGUUCCUUUGGGAAAUAGAUGAUGAGGAGGAUGAUUAUAGUUAUACAAUUCAUCCUGAUCAUGGUCAGCAGGAAGACCUGCAGGAACCCAUCCACUUAUAUCCUGCAGAUGGGAUCACAGUUGGCAUUGAUGGUCUUGCUGGUGGGAAUGAUAUUCCAAUGUCUGAAGCAGGAGUGCCGUUGAAUAGUGCAGAUGCAGAAGAAUAUUAUAGAAGAAUGACUGAGGAAGAUCCUUCUGAUCCUUCAUAUCUUAAGAAGUAUGCUCAGUUCUUGUAUCAGUCUAAGAGAGAUCUUCAGGGUGCUGAAGAAAUCUAUGCACGUGUCGUAUUGGCUUACCCACAAGAUGGAGAGAUCUUGUCCCAGUAUGCAACAUUACUUUGGGAACUUUAUCAUGACCCAAAAAGAACUUUAAGUUACAUGGAGGAAGCCAUUAAAGCUGCCCCAGAAGAUAGCAAUAUUCUCGCAGCAUAUGCUCGUUUCCUAUGGAUUAUAGACGAUGAUGAAUUUUGAUACAAUCUCUUUUAUAGAGACUCAGCUUGUACAGUUUUUUGCAUUGAUUUUAUAAAGAAUCAGACAAUAUCACAAAGUUCAUUAGACGAAUUUUUCCGUUAUAACAAUAUUGGUUUUGCCUCUCUUGUAUUUGUGGAGGGAUAUGUGUAUGUUGAUAACUAAAGUUGUAUUCCAAAUUUUUGGAAUUAUGGUUGUUUUA